AUGUCUGCCCCUGUUAUCCCCCCCGGUGGCACCAUCGUUCAGACCUUUCGGCGGUCGUUUGUCGAUGUUCCCAUCGACGCUGAGAAGGGCAAUGCAAUCUCCACCACCGAGUUUCUCGAUGCCGCCGAGUCGCUGACCACCAUGUUCGAUGUCAUGGGCUCCGUUGCCUUUUCUCCCGUCAAGUCCGACAUGCUCGGCAACGUCAAGAAACUGCGUGAGCGCCAGCUCGCUGCCCCCGCCGAGUCUGAAAACAUCCAGGAUCUUUGCCGAAACGAGCUCAAGACCAAGAAGCACACUGCCACCGAAGGUCUGCUCUGGCUUGUCCGGUACAGCUUUCCCCUUAUGCCCGACCAAGAACUAGUCCAAAAGCUAAUGAAUACAAGUGGUCUUGAAUUCACCUGCAUCGCCCUCAGCUCCAAUGUCGCCAAGCCCUCUGAGGAACUCGCUGAUUCCUUCCGUGGUGCCUAUGGUCAGACCCUGAAGCCUCACCACAGCUUUCUCGUCAAGCCUGUCUUCAGCGCUGCCAUGAGCGCCUGCCCCUACCGCAAGGACUUUUACGCCAAGCUUGGCCAGGAUUCCGGCAAAGUUCAGGAUGAUCUGCGUGUUUACUUGGCUGCGUUGGAGAAGGUUGUUGGUAUUCUGAAGGGUUUCUUGGACAGCAAGGAUGCCAAGUGGUAG